GCGGGACCCGCGACGCCCUUCCAGUUUCUCUACAUGAGCGGAGCGACGGCCGUCCGGGACCAAAGCACGAAGCUGGAAGGACCUUCGUCCCGGUCCCACCUUAUGCGCGGCGACGUCGAGAAUCUCGUGCUCGCUUUCGCCGCAGAGCACGCAGGCUUCAAGGCGGGCUCCGUGAAGCCGGGACUGAUAAAGAAGCGCGCCGAGUUGCCGGAGCUACUGCCCACGGCGGAGAAGAACGGCUGGCCGACUAUCGCCCUCGAGGACUGCUGCAGCGCGAUGCUGGAUGUGGUGAUCAAUGGAUUCGAGAAGGAACCUCUG